CUGGUGCCGGUGAUACGUGAACUUUCACUGGGUUUCCAGUGUCUAGGCUAGGCUUCCCAACGCGCUGACCGUGACUAUGUACCUAAGUACCGAAGAAAGCUAGUGGGUUAGGAAAGUAAACGCAAUGUGACGUUGCUCUCAUCGAUACACGAGAAAAUAGAUUAAUUGCGUCAUUACCGCAAAUUACCGCAAAUAAAUACCUAAUAAUUGAUUUGGAUAACAACCGAACAUAAUUUUCCCAUUUACUUAGUGGAUGUCUAUCCUUGAUCCGUUGUGACAUUCCGUUGCGGUGGUGUUGCUCAAAUAGCUGACAAUGAGUCCGCCGGCUCCCUUGUUUGUAACAACUAGGUACGUACUAGUAAGUCGCAUGUCUCCGUCCAUCGAACGAGAGGUAUUACAACAAGUCUACCACAGCCACAGUUGACGUAACCGGGCGGCUCCCAAAUCUAUUGUUGACGUUCGUGUAACGUUACCUUAUAAUUAUGUUACGUAUCCGGACACAGGAAGUAGUUUGUUUAUUUUCCGUUUUUGAUUAAAUAGUAAACGAAUAAUAACAAAUUUAUUUUAUUGGACACUAUCAAGUGUUUAAAUGAUAUAACGGGUGUCCGUGUCUAAGACGGAGGAAAAUAGAGUGGCAUUAGCAAAAAGACGAUCGUUGUUGGUUGGUUGCGCUUGCGCACGUUACGAUAAAAGCGUGCGGAGGGAGCCGCGCCGCUGCAGUGCCGCUCCCACUGUCUCGACACAACGUCGCCCAACAUGGGGAGAAAGACGAUAUUAGCGGCUGUGUGUUGGCUGACUUUAAGUCAAGUCCUGUGUGAUAAAAACAGUCAAAGUGUCGCAGACAAUGUAAGUGCAGAAAGUGCUCCUCGCCUGUACGGCAACGUCCCGGUGGGAGUGUACGCCAGCGCCGCCCCGUACGCGGCCUACUCGUUCCACCUGCCGCAGUUUGUCGCCGCGCCCAAGACAGCGGCCUCACAAGUUGCCGCAGUCAAACAGAAGCCAGUGAAUCAAAACAUAAACACUUACUUGAUGGACUCAUACGGGAACAGAUACUUCGAAACUCCCCAGCAACUACCAUACAAGUCUGCAUUCUCGCAACAAUACGUGUCGCUCCAACCCACACUGCCAGAACAUUUGGCGCAACCGUUAGUUGCGGCUUCCCCCAACUUCCAGUUCCAACAAUCGGGCCCGCAAGUGUUCUUUGGUGCGCCGAUCAGAGUUUCGUCGCUGCAAACCCCGACGCCGACACCUCUCAAUCAAUUCCCGAGUUUCGGUCGCUUAGUGUAUGCCGAUAAAGUGCAAAGUUUAGCGCCAUCUUCAAUAUCUCAUAACUACGGUUUUAAAAUUCCAACAGCCCAACAACAAUCAAGCAAUAACAAGGCUGUUUUCUCCAAUACAGAAUCACAUGAGCAACAUGGUAACUUAAAAGAUGAACCAAAAUUCCAACGACAGCAACAAAUACCUCAAAUAAUUGUUGGUAAACCUAAGUCAGAGAAUAAACAGGCAACUUCACCUGCUACUGCAAGUGAAACCAAGUUCCAGCGCAUUCACGAAAUACCCAAAGAAGUUAGAGGUCAUACGCAAUUCCAACGCCUACAAGAACACCCUGGUGCUGCCAAGGAACAUACCUCUGAAGGUGCGCAAGAGAGCUCCACACACCAGGGAGGAAACCCCCACAGCCACAACGCUCAAAUUCAAUCUGCGCCCACAAAGCAGGCAACGUUCACGUAUGUAAACGAUAUCAAUGGCAAGAAGUCUGUGGUAAAAGUGCAAAGUGAACCAAUUCCUUUACUAGAUUUAACUCUUCUUGAGCCGUUAACUUUCAAGAAUCCUCUCGUCCCACAAGUACAACAUUUCUUACCUAGAAUUAACCAAGCCACUUAUACAAAAUUGCCUCAAGCAAACUUGGAUGGCGUUAAAAAUUAUCAAAAAGAAUUUAUGAUUCAAAAGACAAUGUCAUAUGAUAGUAGGAAUGCAAAUGAAAAGCCACAGAAAAACGUAAAGAAAGAAAAGAAACCAACCAACAAACACAACAAGAAGAAUAACGCACCGAAGAAAACGCACCACGAGACGCUGGACGAAGCUCCAGAAAUAGUUUAUGAAAUUAAUGGUCCUGGCCACAAGGAGACUAUUAUAGAAAAGGCGAUAAGCUACAACAAGGAGACACAGCCUGAACCUGUACAUUAUAGUUAUGGUUCUAAAACUGAAAACGAACCAGUAACAUAUAGUUACUCACGCUCGUCUAAAGAUCCGGGUCAGCUGAAACAAGUUCGGUACUACGGCAACGGUCAAGGUCCGUCACAGCUCAUUUAUAAUUUUAAGCCAGAGGAACUGCAUGAGGAAGAGCAUGUCCACAAAAACGUCCCUAAUAGCGAAUCGAAUAGUCACGAAGAUUCUGCUCAGCAAUCUGAAGACUAUAAAGAUCAUCCUAAAUCGUCUGAGGAAUAUGAUGAAGUACCACAUAAGGAACAAAAUCACUACCGUAGGCCAAGCCAGCCAAGUAAUGAUGAGCCACAGGAGCAUCGAUCGAAUGCUGACUCCUCCCAUUACAACAACGGCCCAAUACAACAGAAGGAACAUUAUAAUGUCGACCCCGUAGUACAGGAAUAUGAAGAAGAUAUUCGUCUGCUCGCUAAUGCCCAAAUAAAGGUGGAUCCCACACAGCACGUCCCUCACGCGGACUCUGAACAUCACGCACGCGCUCCUCAGCAAGAGCAAGAGUCUGAGGCUCCGCAUCAACACCAUCACUCCUCGCCGCAGAAACAGUCGCAUCACCAUUAUUCCUCACCCCAGUCUGAAUCCCAAAAUGCUCCAUCACCUCACAACAACGGAGAGUUAAACCACCAUCACCUACCUUCCCCGCAGAAACAACCACAUUCAUCGCCACCACCGCAGUCCCACAUCCAUUUCUCAAGCCCGCAACACGAAUCACAUAACGCACCAGCGGCUCAUAUCCAUGAGAAAUCUAAACGCAUUAUAAUUCAUGAUGAGACUCCGGAUGGACGACACAUGCACCAAGAACAGAUGAAGGCAGAAGUAUUUGACCGAGAAGAAAAUAAUGAAGAAGACUUUGAGAAAGCUUACAAGAAUGCUGCUUUUGGUUUUCCCGCUUACAGCAAAGAAGCAUUAGAAGCGGAAGAAAAAGACAUCUUCGAUCCGGAAAGUUACGGAGUGCCGCCCGACCACGUCGAGUACAACAUUGAAAAUACGCCAUUCCAACAAUACCAGGAAGAAGGCGACGAGUUCCCGAAAGAGGCUCGUGCCAGGUACAAGGACUCCAGGGACAAAAUGAAGGAAGGUUAUUACACCGAUUAUUCAAUUAGCAAGCCCGAGAGUUUACUCGACCGCUAUCAGAACAAGUUAGGCUAUUACAAGUUGUACAAGCAACAGAAGCCCGAUUAUUACGUAGCCGAUGGAGACGACGACGACAAAAAGAAACAGAAACAGAAAUUCGCGCAAUACUCGGUGGCGCCUACGUUCGGCUAUAAUUCCAAGAAUGAAGAAAAAGCUAAAUCAUAUUACGGCCACCAAAAGCCUAAACAACAGUUGUAUGAAUACGAUUACUCCGAGGGCAAGCCGCGAGAUAACUCGGCCUUCGCAUCCCGGCCCUACCAGAGGUACCGGACCAAGACUAACUUCGUGGAGCCGCAGUUCCAGUACGGGUUCGAGCCGAUAUCUAUACCGAAGCUGCUCGACAGCGAGCUGGCCGCGAUGGCCAGCGUGCAUAGGCCUGAAAGUGAAAAGCCGGGCAUGAGGAAGAAAGUUUACAAAGAAAACUGGUACAUUAAGAAAACUAGCACAGCAGGUGGGGUGCCAGCUAGCUGAUAAGACUUAUUUAUUAUGUUGUUUACGUUAAGUGUAAUAGUAAAUUAAUAAAUUGUCAAAAUAUUUAAA